AUGGCCGCCGGAGCCACGCCCGCCCGGCUGUGGGCGGGGCCACGCAGGGGGCGGGGCCGGGCGAUCCCGGCAGCGAUGGGCGCGGAGGGGCCGCGGAGCGCCGUGCUGCUCCCGCUGCCAUCGCCGCUGUUGCUGCUGGCGGCGGCUGCCGCGCUGCUCGGCUGCCUCUGGGCGCGAUCCCCGCGCCGUUCCCCGCAGCCGCCUCUGCUUGCCGGCGGUCCGGGGCUUCGUUCCUUCCUGCGGCGGCACUGCCCGGCCGUGCGGGAGCCGUUCCGUCCCACCGCGUGGUGCUGCGGGGGGCGGCUGCAGACUGUGAGCAGAGCGCUGCUGCAAAGCCGACCUCACGUCGGGUACCGCAGUGAGGCCAUCCGCACGCCCGACGGCGGGCAGCUCAUCCUGGAUUGGGCCGAUGACGGCAGCGCCGCCGAAUGCCCCACGGUGCUGCUGCUGCCGGGGCUGACGGGGAACAGUCAGGCCGCCUACAUACUGCACCUGGUGCGAGAGGCGUGCGGUGCCGGGUACAGGGCCGUCGUGCUCAACAACCGUGGCUGCCGUGGUGAAGAGCUGCUGACCCCCAGGACCUUCUGUGCCAGCAACACCGAGGACCUGCAGACAGCCAUCAUGCACAUCCACCACCAGUACCCUCAUGCCCCGCUGCUGGCCGUCGGUGUAUCACUGGGAGGGAUGCAGGUGCUGAACUACCUGGCACAGGCGGGACACGCAGCAGGGCUGGUGGCCGCCAUGGCCAUUUCUGCAUGCUGGGACUCCAUGGAGACAACAGUGUCGCUGGAGCAGCCACUCAACACGUGGCUCUUCAACCGCCGCCUGGCUGCCGGGUUGCGGCACCUCAUCCGCAGGCACCGCGCGGUGAUCGGGGACACGGUGGACGUGGAGCACAUCCUGAAGGCACGCACCAUCCGGGAGUUUGAUGAGCGUUACACCGCUCUGGCCUUUGGCUACGGCUCCUGCACAGAGUAUUACCGUGCUGCCAGCCCUGCCAGCAGCCUGCACCGCAUCUGUGUGCCCACGCUGUGCCUCAACGCUGCCGACGACCCCUUUUCCCCCCUGCACGGUGAGUGGGGCUGGGAAGGGCUGUGCCCACCCCUGUGGUGUUGUGGGGCUGGCAGCUGACCCACAUGUCUCCUUGCAGCCAUCCCCGUGGAGGCUGCCUGGCACCUGCCCCACGUGGCACUGCUGGUAACAUCGUGCGGUGGCCACAUCGGAUUCCUGGAGGGGCUGCUGCCACGGCACGGAGGCCUCAUGGAGCGCCUCUUCCUGCAGUUUGUCACUGCUGUGUUCCAACACGGAGAGGAGCUGAGGGGGCUGCAGGAAGGGGGGGCUGCAGAGGGGUUCAGCACCUGAUGUCCCCCAUGAACCCCUUCUAAAUCCCAAUAAACCCAUUUCUGUCCCUGC